CAGACUCUGUUGCUGUCCAACAACUCAACCCCAGUCAGUCAAACUCCUUAUAUCACUUGACCACUGGAGGGCGCCAUCUCCUCCUGAGGAAACAGCAGAAGACCUCCCGAGCCAUGGAGACAGAGUUCAGGUUGUUGAAAUCUCUCAGUGGAUCGGGCAUCCCUGUUCCAGAGAUCAUUGAUCUGUGUGAGAACCCAAGUGUCCUGGGUGCUCCCUUCCUCUUGAUGGAGGUCUGUCUAGGGAGGAUGUUCAGUGACCCCUCCCUGCCAGGCCUGACCCCCGGGGACAGGAGGGCCUUGUACCAAGCCAUGCAACACACACUCUGCCACAUCCACUGUCUAGAUACUAGAGCAGUCGGGCUGGAGGACUACGGCGAGCCAGUGGAUUACAUGGGGCUUCAGGUACAGUGGUGGACUCAGCAGUACAGGAACAGUGAGACUCUGCCCAUCCCAGCCAUGGAGAGACUCAUACAGUGGCUUCCUCUGCACCUCCCCAAACACCAGAGAUCUACGCUGAUCCAUGGAAGCUUCAGCCUGGAGAACCUUGUGUUCCACCCAGAGAAGCCAGAGGUGGUUGCGGUGAUGGACUGGGGCCGUUCCAGACUGGGUGACCCUCUAACAGACCUGACCUUCAGCUGUAUGGCUCACUGCCUGCCCCAGGACAACCCUCUACUGACAGGUAUAUCUGAAAGGGGCCUAGUCCAGCUGGGUAUCCCCACUGUGGAGGAGGUGAUGGGGCAGUACUGCAGCUCUAUGGGUCUGGAGGAGGGAGUCCCAGACUGGAACUUCUACAUGGCCUUCCACCUCUUCUGCAUGGCAGCCAGCCACCAGGGAGAGAGCAAGAGUACCAUUGCAGGACAAACCGGCUCUGGGAGGUUAGCUGAGCAGGUGGCUGACCUGGCCUGGGACUUUGCCACCAAAGAGGGCUUCCGUAUCUUCAACGCCAUGCCCAGGUCGCCUCAUGCAGGCACCUCCCCUUUAAAGGGGAAGUAGCAGAGUGACUGCUUUGUUGUUUUUCAAAUCCUGGAUUGCCCUUUAAAACCAGAUUUCAGUAGCUGAAGUGAUUGGCGGCAUAGAGGAAGUUGUAUGUUCUUUGUUGGUGCUUAAGUACACAUUACAUCACUACAUAUAUACCCAGGAUAUUGUUUUUCAACGGGAAACUGGAGUGGGACUGUACGGGGUGUCUUAGAGAGGAUGACUGCCCAUCCAACCCAGACUUCCAGAGCUCAGCUGUUCAUCCACUAUUCCCUCCAGGAGCCAGGAAACGGCAGCCUUCCCUGGGCAGGAUCGCCCCUGGCCGUAGAUGGACUAAAACUGAUAGGGAAUUGCUGUGCCUCAGAAUAUUUUGCACUUGUUUUUCUCUUCCUGGCCUUUUUUCUACUAAUAACAGCUGUUUCCAAGAAGGCUUUUCUUGCAAUAACUGUGGUUGUUUUUUUUUCCUACAAAACUUCAUCUCUGGACAAGAGUGUCCGCUACAUGAAUAAAAUGUAAAUGUUU